AUGGAGUUCCAGGGUGCCAUACCCAGAACGGUCCACUGGACCCUUGAACAGUGCAGAGAAUUCUGUGGUGGUGCAUUUCUCACGCAUGGACUUGUCACUGCAGAGCUUGGUGAUCUCGACUUGUGCUGCUGCGGCGUUGUUGAGAUUGCCAAAACAGCCCUUGAACGCCAUGAGGAAAUCCUUGACGUUGGCAAAGGGCGUCACAGCCCCUUGUACUCCGACUUGAACAGCUGCGAGCUGGGCAAAGAUUGGGGUGGCCCAGCGGCGGGGGGGAUGGAGGAUGGCCCGGGGGUGGAGGCGGUGGUUGUGGCUGUCCGCCAGGUGGACUUUGGGGGGAACAAGUGUGUGAGCAGCCUCACAGCGGCGAUGAUGGUGGAGGCGCUGGAGGAAACCCGGUGGGAGGGUGAUGUACAUCAGAGACUGGAGCCAAGGAGGGGACCACGGACAACGAGCUGGCCCAACUGA